CUCGGCGGCGCGGUGGACCGACGACGAAGCCUAGCGGCCAAUGAGAGCACGCCCUGCGCCUGACGCCAGGCGAAGUGACCCAACCCCCGUCCGGGAAUCGGUGGAGAGCUCGGGCUCUGGUGUGCGUUGCCACUGGGGGCGUGGCCCGGCCGGACGCCGGCGCCAUGGAGGAGUACGCUCGGGAGCCUUGGGAAUUCAGCACCGCUUGAGAGGUAGUGCCAGCGCUGUGAGGAUUCGAGCUCCUCAGAUUGGAGGUAGUUUUGCUGUGUGGGGUGGCCUGUUCUCCACCAUCGACUGCGGCCUGGUGUGGCUGUGGGGCAAGGAGGAUCCCUGGAAUUCCAUCACCAGUGGAGCUCUGACUGGGGCUGUAUUGGCUGCCCACAGUGAGUGCCCCAUCCCGGAGCCCCAGCCUCUUCUGCUCUCCUCUGCCUCUUCUCACCCCCCCCCGCGCCCCCUUGCUCCUGCAGGUGGCCCAUUGGCCAUGAUGGGCUCAGCAAUGAUGGGGGGCAUCCUGUUGGCCCUCAUUGAGGGGGUCGGCGUCCUUCUCACCCACUACACCACCCAGCAGUUCCGCAAUUCGCCCCCAUUCCUGGACGACCCCAGCCAGCUGCCCCCCAAGGAGGGUGCCCCUGCCCCAGGCUAUCCCAGCUAUCAGCAGUACCACUGAGGAAGUACCCGCCUAACACCUCCACUGUGGGAGCCCCUCCUUGGGCCCCUCCCCGAUGAUCUACCUCGAAGGGAGGGCUGGCUCCCAGUUGGCCCCGGGACCCUCUGGAAAGGGCUUCUCCUCUGCUGCUUUGUCCCAGGGUGGGGGUGGGGCACCCCAGCUGCCCUGACAGAUGGGUCCCCUUUUUCUCUCUCAGGGCACCCCAUCCCCUCAUCCACAUGUAACAAGCUCUCACCCCAGCCCCUUUGGCGCCCUGAUGAGUAUUUAAAGCUAGUUGUGAAAUGCC